UGUCCUUUUUUGGAAUUUCAAGCUUAGUCUCUUUUCUUUAUAUCAAUGAUGUUAGAGUAUUAGUUGAAGAAUUUAUAUGAAAGGUCGAAACCAUGGCAGUCCGUAAGUUCCUCCUCCUCCUUCUUCUUGGGGUCUUCGUCUUCCUCUGCCUUUCACAGUUACGUAGGACACACAUAACGCAGAUAUCUUCCGAUGGCUACCAAGAUCAGGAAGCUGGGAUGAAGGAGAUGGAAUAUGAUGAAGAUCAAGUGAUGAGAGGGGCAAAUAGAAGGCUAAUGCAAUACAUAGAUUGUGGAGGGGAAUGCAAGCGUCGUUGUGGGGCGCACUCGAGGCCAAACCGGUGCAUAAGAGCGUGCGGGACAUGCUGUAGGCGGUGCAGAUGUGUACCGCCAGGUACGUCAGGUAAUCGCGAGAUGUGUGGCACUUGCUACACGAGCAUGACCACUCAUGGGAACAAAACCAAGUGCCCUUAACUCUACCCAACGACUACUAUGUCAUCUUUUUUCCCUUGGUUCGGUUAUUCAAUCUUUUGAGUCUUUUGUUUCCUUCUUCUUUGAUGUAUGUUUAGAAUUAUUAGUUGCAAAAACUUUCCUUUUUUGUUUCA